AUGAGCUCAAAAGAACAGUUAUUCGAUAAGAAUUUGGUUACAUUGAACACAAGUGGAAGUGUUGAUGAUCUUCCACCAAUCAUUGACUGGAGAGUGAAGGGAGCUGUCACGGAAGUCAGAAACCAAUGCAAUUGUGGAUGUUGUUGGGCUUUUGCAGCAGUCGCAGCUGUUGAAGGAAUUAAUCAAAUUAAAACGGACGUAUUGCAGACACUUUCACCACAAGAGUUGGUUGAUUGCGACGAAGGAAGUCAAGGAUGUAUUAUAGGGUGGUUAGACUCGGGUUUUAGGUAUAUAAUAAAAAAUCAAGGUUUAGCUAGAGAAGUCGAUUAUCGGUAUGUAGCAAUGAAGGGAGCUUGUCGUAGGGUGGAAAACCGAUUUGAACAAUCUGGAAUUAAAUACUGGAUCAUUAAAAAUUCAUGGGGAAAGGAAUGGGGUGAAGGAGGUUAUAUGAGGAUGAAGAUGAUUGGUGGUUGGGGUUUAUGUGGAAUUGCAUUGAACGGUGUCUACCCUAUAAUGAACUGA